AUGUCAAAUUUCGCUAAACAGAUCCCAAAAGCAGUUAAAGAAAUCAGAUUACAUUUUUGUCAGACUUCCGGACAUUCAGCUGGUGUCAGACAAUUCGUACAAUCUUCUUACCCAUCUAUCAAAUCGUCCAACCCAGAUUUGAAGUUCUUGAUUAGAGAAGCUAGUGACAUCUCGCCUAGGGCAUUUGUACGAUCUGAACGAGGAGCAGAAUCACAAACUCAGCUUGCGGACUUAUCGGAAUCGCAAGUAUCGGCAGAGUUGAGCAAGUUAGUAAAUUCCCAGACUGUCGGUAAACCUCAAUAG